ACAUAAGAGAAGUUUGUAAUAUUCUUAGGCAGAAUUCUGAAGGCAAGAUUGCUUUAGUUUGUGCAUCAUUUCAGAAGAAUAACUUGACCUUUUUGUUGAAAAAAGAUAUUUGGUAUUGGAAGACACCGACAGAAGAGUCAAAUAGAGUGAGAGAGAGCAGAACAUCGGAAAAUUUGGUGAUAGAAUCAGAAGAUUUUCUAUAUAUGGUGCAUAUAACAAGAAGUCCAAUCUACAUCACCUCUCGAAGGGAGAGACAAGAGUAAAGCUACAUACUGACCACAGUAGAAAGGAGAGGAAAGAGCCAGAAUGUCUGGACGUGGAAAGAAGCCGGCAAAGGCUGCAAAGGUCAUGAAAACUAAGUCAGAAAAGGCCGGUUUGCAGUUCCCAGUUGGCCGUAUUGGGCGGUUCCUGAGGAGGGGUCAUUAUGCUGAACGGAUAGGUACAGGAGCUGCAGUGUACCUGGCGGGCGUGUUGGAAUACCUGACUGCUGAGAUACUGGAGCUAGCAGGCAAUGCUGCUCAUGAAAACAAGAGACAGCGAAUUGGGCCACGACACAUCCAGCUGGCGGUGAGGAAUGAUGAAGAGCUAAACAAGUUGUUCUCAGGUGUGACCAUUGCUGAAGGAGGAGUCAUGCCCAACAUCCAUGCGCAGCUUCUUCCCAAGAAGUCAGUGUUACCUAAAGAAGAUGUAGAAGAUAGUCAGUCACAGGAGUUCUGAAACCUCCUGUGCAUGUUGCCCUCUUACAAAAAUAACCUCUUUCCAAACCAGUAGCACUUAAAGUGUUGUAAUAUAUUCCAUUAAUCUGUUUACAAGUUGUGUGUUGGAUAAUAUCUUUUUUAAAACUUAAAAUAAAGGCAAAUUAUGUAAUAUGA